UUCGUUGGAUUUAAAUGGAGCUACGACUGGACAUGGUGACCCUUUGCAGGACCUGUCUGCAGGAUGGUGAGGCCCACAUGGUCUCCAUUUACGAUGCGGAUGACAAGCUUCACAGUGGUAUUUCUCUCUGCGAGAAAAUCGAAACUUUAAGCGGAAUUCAGAUAAAACCCACUGAGGACCUGCCCACCAGGAUCUGCUUUAGAUGCAAGGCCUUUCUUUCCCUGGCCCACAAAUUCCGUCAGAUUUGCCAGCGUUCCAACGAAUUUCUUAAGAAAUAUGUGGUAACGGGUGGUCCAGUGGUAAAGGAUGUGGCUGAGACAGGGGAUACAACUAAGUCACCUACUCCUCCUCCUCCUGUGGAAACUGGCCAGUACGAACAACUGGAGGUGGAGGUGCUUGAGGAGGGAGCUUGGUCCACCGAAGAUCUUAUGGAGGAGACCACACCGCCACCUGCGGAUGUGGAUAAGCCCAUGGUUUUGGUUGUGCAAACGGUUCCUCCUCUAGUUCCUGCUCCUAGUCCCCCACCUAAUCCUCCUGCUGUGCCUGCAGUCAGCGGUAAACUUUAUGUGUGCGACACCUGUGGCAACGGAUAUCAACGGAAAAGCACCCUGGACACCCACAUGCGAAGGCACAACAACGAGCGACCCUACGAAUGCGAGAUCUGCCACAAGUGCUUUCACGUCAACUACCAGUUGAAGCGCCACAUUCGCCAGCACACAGGAGCAAAGCCAUACACUUGCGAAUAUUGCCAUCGCAACUUCGCAGAUCGCACUUCUCUAGUCAAGCAUGAAAGAACUCAUCGAAAUGAGCGUCCUUAUUCUUGCCAGACCUGUGGAAAAACCUUUACCUACGCCAGUGUCCUCAAGGUUCACUACAAAACGCACACGGGAGAAAAACCUCACACAUGUCGGCUAUGCGGCAAGAGCUUUGCUCGCAUUCACAAUCUUGUGGCCCACCUGCAGACCCAACAGCAUCUCAAUGAUCCGCGAUUGGCUGACUAUCUAAAUACGACCAAAGUGGGAAAUACUUCAGCAAUUGCCUAAGGACAUCAUUUUAGUAUGAGUAUAUUUUUAGUAGUAAGGAAAAUUAAUAACAAUUUUUUAAAGACGAAAAUAUAUGAUUAGAAAAUGAGUAUACAAA